AUGUGUUUUGAGAGGUCGAGCUGGCCGCAACGGCUUUUGAGUUUACUACCAGCAGAAGUAGCCGAUUUUAUGGCUGGGUUGGACCCCGAAGAAGCAGAGGACUACUCUGUCGUGAAAUCGAGCCUGCUGAGAAAGUUCAGGUUGUCGCCUGAAGCCUUCAGGAUAAAGUUCCGACAAACCAAAAAAGACGGUAAGGAAAGCUACCCAGAGUUCGCUUACAGGCUUAAAGGCUCUCUUGAAAGCUGGCUUCGUGGGGCCAACGCAUUUGAGGACCGCGAAAAAAUCCUGAAGCAAUUAGCUCUGGAACCGUUUUUCUCUUCUAUUCCUAUGACCUUGAAGGAAUGGAUCCAAGACCUACCCGAGGUCGAAAAUAUCCAGAAAGCUGCCGAUUACGCUGAUCAGUAUUGCUCCAGGCGCAGAGAGGUAACGGACGAUAAGCCUACAUUGGCCAGAAAUCAGCCGCGGAAGUGGGACCACUCAGGCUCAAGAAAGUACGAGCCUACUACGGACAGUCCGACACCAGAAACGGUAGAGAUGGCUUCGGAUGACAAGAAAAUCAAAAGGAAGUCGUUCGAAGAACGAAAACCAAUUCGAUGCUAUAAAUGUAACCAAGCUGGACAUGUGGCUGCGGGUUGUUGUGUGCCUAAAGUGUGUCCAGUUAACUUGAGUCUGCGGAAUCCUGAGGAACUACUUGAGCCUUACUUGUACAACAUAAAAGUAAACGGUACACAUUGCAAAGGUCUGCGAGACACUGGAGCCACGUACGACGUGGUACAUUCAUCGCUAGUAAAGCAAUCGGAUUUCACGGGUGAUUGCGUGUGGAUCCGCCAGGCUUUGGAAGAACAGAAAACAGAUGCGUCACUAGCUAAGUGCCGAGAGAGCGUGGGUAAAGACCUGUCACCGAACGUGUCUUUUUACGAGCGCAGAGGUAUUCUGUACCGUAACUUCAAGGACAAAUCCGGCAAAGAAGUAGAACAACUCGUAGUCCCUUCUAGGGCCCUGUGCCACGAUCAGGGAAAGGACUGGUAG